AUGCCUGGCGGUACCAGCAUGGCGAUGUCGGGGUCAAGGCCGGGAGGUGGCAGGCGGUCCAGAGCCACAUGCAGGCGGGAGGACUCAGGCCCACCAACUUUGGAGACUCAGUAGGUGCUCUGUCCUCUGCCUCCACCCUGGAUCCCCUCCCCUCAGCUGGGCCGCUGGCCCGGCCACGCACCCUGCUACGUCAGCAGAGUCUCCAGCAGCCAUUCAUCCACCCACCUGCCCCAAGCCUCACCCAGCUCCCACCCACCUCCUCACAGAGUCUGGGAGAGCUAUACCAGGUAACCCCGCCGGGGCACGGCCAUCCUGGGGGAGGCGGGGGCAGUGAAGGAGGUGGGGUAGGAGGUGGGGUAGGAGGUGGGGGCACUCGAGGAGGUCCCAGGAGGGUGCGAGGGAGCCCUGCAGGGGCAGGCACUUCACAAUACAGAGGAGGAGGAGGAGGAAGAGGAGGAGGAGGAGGAGGAAAUCCUGGCUCCUGGGAUCACAUGAUGGGCCAGUUGAAAAACAGAGGCCUGGAUGCCAAGUCCUUCCUGUGA